AUGUCUCCUCGAAUGGUGACCAAACGUUUACAGAUCAAUUGCCAUGCUCGGCGAACAGAUCAACAGCCACGUGAUCAAUUACCGACUGAUGCACCCGAGCUACCAAUAUUCCAACACAUUACCAGCUUUCUCCUGAUUUGGUCUGGCUGUGGAACACACAUCAGAAUCAAUCCGCCCACUCUGUUCCCAGCGAACGGCUUCACGCAUCUUAGCACGAUGAGGAAAUUCGGCACACAAAUGUGUGCAGCCAAUACUAGUCAUGAAAUCAACUUGAGUAGAAUCGAUCUAUCACAAAAUCUGGAGAGAUUUGUGAACAACUGGCGACACUCUCAGGUAAACACCAUUGUCCUUAAUGAUAGAGGGUGCCUGCUCAAUUCACCGACAACCAAUCCAUGGGAUCGCCAAUCAAUCGCAGAACGAGUUGAGGCUAUCGGCUGA